AUUCAUAUUGUGGUUGUCGCUGCUUGUAAAUUCCUUGAAAGAAAAUAAAAUAAUCUCAAAUUAAAAAAAAAAAAACUGAAAAAGCUUACGGCCUUUCUGGUGGAAGUACAGUUGAAAGACACUUUCCUCUUCUCUAGCUUCCCAAGCCUUUUUUCUGAUUCUCAGUCUUUGGGUUUCUUUUAUCCUUUGAUUUCUCCCCAUCUUUUUGAUGAUUCGCUCUGUUGUUGUUGGUUUUGGACAUUGAUUUACAGUAAUCAUCAUAUCUAUUGUUCAUCUUCCUCUGUUAGAUAUGGAAGCUAUCAAGAAGCAGGCUACCAAGCUCAGAGAGCAAGUUGCCAAGCAACAGCAAGCAGUACUUAGGCAUCUUGGGCAUUUUAGCAAUGAAGACAUUACUGUUGAUGAAGCUGAUCUUCAAUGUCAUCAAAAGCUUCAAGACCUGUACAGUUCUACAAAGGCAGCUAAGCAUUUGCAGCGGAACAUCGUCCGUGGCAUAGAAGGUUUUAUUGCAACAAGCUCAAAGCUGAUAGAAAUAUCUAGGAAGUUGGCUGAUGAUUGUUGCAAGUAUGGAGUUGAAAAUCAAAAUACUGGUUCUUCUCUUGCAAAAGCCGCUCUUCACUUUGGCAAUUCACAUAAAUCAAUAGAAGAUGAAAGGGAGACCUUGCUUGGGAUCCUUGGUGAGCAGGUUUCUGAGCCACUACGGGCAUUAAUUACAGGAGCUCCUCUAGAAGAUGCUCGGCACUUGACCCACCGAUAUGACAGAUUCCGCCAAGAGGUUGAAGCUCAGGCAGCAGAUGUUUUGAGGCGUAGAUCAAAAACCAGGGAAGCUGAUAUAUCUGCAGAAAGCUACAUGAAGCUUAAACAAGCAGAAGCAAGAUUGGCUGACCUUAAAUCCUCAAUGAUGGUUCUAGGAAGAGAAGCAACUGCUGCCAUGUUGUCAGCUGAGGAUCAGCAGCAAAAGAUUACUUUCCAGCUGCUUCUUGCAAUGGUUGACGCCGAAAAAUCUUACCAUCAACGUGUUCUUGCUAGUUUAGAGAAGCUACAUGCUGAGAUGAUUCUAGAGGGGCAGAUGAACGAGUCAUUGAACUCAGUGACGUUGCAGAGAGAGGUGAAUGUCGCCUCUGCACAUGAUAAAUUUAGUUCGAAUAAAUCUGAAGCUCAGGGAAGCAAUCAAAGCGAUGUAUUUUUCAUAGCAAAGGUUGUACACCCAUUUGAUGCUGAAACAGAUGGGGAAUUAAGCUUAGCAGUUGGUGAUUAUGUUGUGGUUCGCCAGGUGGGUCCUAGUGGAUGGUCGGAGGGAGAAUGCAAGGGCAAGGCUGGAUGGUUUCCCUCUGCUUAUGUAGAAAGACAAGAGAAAGCACCAGCAAGCAAGUUAAUUGAGCCGAACUCCGCAGCCUCAGCCUGAUCUACCAUCAUAAGGUAACCGCUCUGAGGGAGUUGAACAGCAUAGUGGUAAACAAAAAAAGUUGAACACGCCCCUCCUUUGGCUUCGUAAUAAUGUAAGUAUUACAGAGUACAUUUAUUAAUACUAUACAUGUACAAUUGUGUUUGUAUUUGUAUUUGUAUUUGUAUGGUGAAUCAUGAAAGCUAGUAUGAUUCAGUUUUGCGAAGAAGAUUCAAGAACUAUUUCUUUUUCUUGUUCUAAAAUAAAUAAGUCUCACAGUUUGUCUUGUCUCUUCAUUUCUCAAUAUUCAGUUUGAUUUCCUGUUUAAAUAGGCAGUAUAAUUACUCCUGUUUGUUUAAAUUAAAUAGAUAGUAAUACUUUGGUGGAGCAGAUUGGAGGAUCUUUCUCCGAAUUAUUUUUCUGUCAGCUGUCCUAGUUAGUUAAUUUAAGAGCAUUCAUAAGUAGGCCAUGGCUUGAUGAAAAUGGCAUUGACUCUCUAACUCUUAACUCAUUAUUCACUAACCCCAGCUCAAAACAAAUACGAAAUCUGAACCCAGAGGUUCCAUGAUGACAUUUUGCCCUCAAAUCCUGGCUCAUUCCCAUUUCGCACCAAGUCAAAAAGUUUAUGAAGAUUGAAAAGACCCAUAGAACAUAGUUUGCCAGAAAUGUGUUCACUGAAGCUCUGCCGUAUGCUGUGUUUUAAAUUGGUUCUGCAACCAUUUACUGAAUAAAUCUCUACUGCUGAUAAACUAAAUUGGGUGCACUAAAAAUGCCGAAGUUAUUUCAAGAGUUACCAGAUUUCUCUGUAUUUUCAUUUCAAUAAAAUUGCUAAUGGCAGAUUGGCAGGCACAGAUGCAGUAUAGUAGAGGAUUUUGAGAAGCAGAAACCUACAGUUUUUGUUGGAACAUUUUGAAAACAUUCUUUUAUGAGUUAAAGAAUAUGUUCCAUAAAUGAAAUUUUAUGUCUUCAAUAAGAA